AUGGCGACGUGCGUUUUCGAGGAUCCCUUGGCCUUAGCUGUUUUGAGGUGGGACGAAAUCGAAGAACUCUUUUUUCUGGAUAUGGAGUACCCCGUUCCACGGAGGUUUAGGUCCGGGCGAGGCUACUUGGAUGUGCUCAGCAUAGAUAGUGAAGCUUUCCGCCAGCAGCUUUGUUUUGAGCAGAUUGACUUAACGGAGCUGUGUAGCACGCUGCGAGUCCCCGAUACAAUAAGGACGGCCCAGAACGUCGCCAUCCCCGGGCAUGAAGCUCUAUGUAUUCUUCUGCGGAGACUCUCCUACCCCAACCGCCUCUGCAACUUGGAAGGCAUGUUUGGCCGCCACUCUUCGACACUCUCGACUGCGACGACCGUGGUGCUAAACCAUUUGACGUCUACGUUCAGGCAGCCGACGGCGGAUCUGUCAGCUCACACGUGGUUGAACUGUACAAGCUUGGACGAGUUCUCCGAGGUAAUCCGCGCAAAGGGGGCACCUUUUCAGAACUGCUGGGGUUUCGUUCAUGGAACGGCCCGCCCCAUCUGCCGACCCACGGAGGACCAGCGGCUUUAUUUCUCAGGCCACAAGCGUCUGCACACCAUCAAGUAUCAGAGCAUCAUGUGUGCUAACGGCAUCAUCGUGGAGAUGAAUGGCCCUUACCCGGGACACCAACACGACACCGGACUGUUCACAACUGGAACUCCCUGCCAAGCAAUAUAA